GCCAUCCAGUGCGGUUGGAUGGUCUCUGGAACAAGAAGAAGGAAUCGAAUUGAAAAAAGAGAAAGUGAAAUUAUAAACGAAGAACAUAUAUGUAUGUCUAGAAAAGAGAUAAGAAAGUGGAAUACAUAAGAAAGAGUAUACUCAAAAAGAACUGAAAACCGAACAACCGGAAGUGAUCUUUAGACAGGACUUUCUCCCCCCCGUCUUGCACGGGAUUGAUUACGUGCGAUGGGUUUGGGUGUGGGCUGGACCAGGGCUUUGGCCUUUGGUCUGCUCAUCACAUGUUGUGCAGCGGAAUUGACUCCGCCUUACUUCAAUUUGGCCACAGGACGUAAAAUCUAUGCCACAGCCACUUGCGGACAGGAUACCGAUGGACCCGAACUUUAUUGUAAAUUGGUGGGAGCCAAUACAGAAAACGAUCAUAUCGACUACUCGGUUAUUCAGGGACAGGUCUGCGAUUAUUGUGAUCCCAAUACGCCGGAGAAGAAUCAUCCGCCAGAGAAUGCAAUUGACGGCACUGAGGCCUGGUGGCAGAGUCCCCCUCUAUCUCGAGGCAUGAAAUUCAAUGAAGUCAAUUUGACCAUCAAUUUUGAACAGGAAUUCCAUGUGGCAUAUCUUUUUAUACGUAUGGGUAAUUCACCCCGUCCUGGUCUCUGGACAUUGGAAAAAUCAACGGAUUAUGGCAAAACCUGGACACCUUGGCAACAUUUUUCGGAUACACCCGCCGAUUGUGAGACAUACUUUGGCAAGGAUACCUAUAAGCCAAUAACCCGAGAUGAUGAUGUCAUUUGCACCACGGAAUACUCAAAGAUUGUGCCUCUAGAGAAUGGUGAAAUUCCCGUUAUGUUGCUCAACGAACGUCCAAGCUCGACCAACUAUUUCAACUCAACCGUGCUGCAGGAAUGGACACGUGCCACAAAUGUGCGCAUACGUUUAUUGCGUACCAAGAAUCUAUUGGGUCAUUUAAUGUCAGUGGCUCGUCAGGAUCCCACAGUGACACGUCGUUAUUUCUAUUCGAUCAAGGAUAUCUCAAUUGGUGGUCGUUGUAUGUGCAAUGGCCAUGCCGAUACCUGUGAUGUCAAGGAUCCGAAGAGUCCGGUGAGAAUUCUAGCCUGUCGUUGUCAACAUCACACUUGUGGAAUUCAAUGUAACGAAUGUUGUCCCGGCUUCGAGCAAAAGAAAUGGCGUCAAAAUACCAAUGCUCGUCCCUUUGUCUGUGAACCUUGCAAUUGUCAUGGACACAGCAAUGAAUGUGAGUACGAUGAAACGGUCAAUCGCAAGGGUCUUUCCCUCGAUAUUCAUGGCAAUUAUGAUGGCGGUGGCGUUUGUAAGAACUGUCAGCACAACACCGUGGGUACCAAUUGUAACAAAUGUAAACCAAAAUAUUAUCGCCCCAAAGGAAAAUACUGGAAUGAAACCGAUGUCUGCAGUCCCUGCCAAUGUGACUUCUUCUACUCGACGGGUCACUGUGAAGAGGAGACUGGCAAUUGUGAGUGCCGUGCCGCCUUCCAGCCACCAAAUUGUGAUUCCUGUGCCUAUGGCUACUAUGGCUAUCCGAAUUGCCGGGAAUGUGAAUGCAAUUUGAAUGGCACCAAUGGCUAUCACUGUGAAGCCGAAAGCGGAGAGCAAUGUCCGUGCAAAAUCAAUUUCGCUGGACCCUAUUGCAAACAGUGUGCCGAGGGCUAUUAUGGUUUCCCCGAAUGCAAGGCCUGCGAGUGCCAUAAACUGGGUUCCAUUACCAAUGAUUGCGAUGUGAAUACGGGUGAAUGCAAGUGCUUAACCAAUUUUGGCGGUGAUAAUUGUGAACGCUGUAAACAUGGCUACUACAGCUAUCCCCAGUGUCUGUACUGUGACUGCGAUAAUCAGGGUACCGAGUCGGAGAUUUGCAACAAGCAGUCGGGUCAAUGUAUUUGCCGUGAAGGUUUCGGUGGUCCGCGUUGUGAUCAAUGUUUGCCUGGCUAUUACAAUUAUCCCGAUUGUAAGCCCUGCAAUUGCUCGUCAACGGGAAGUUCGGCCAUUACUUGCGAUAAUACGGGCAAAUGUAAUUGCUUGACUAAUUUUGCUGGCCGUCAGUGUACGCUAUGCAGUGCUGGUUAUUAUAGCUAUCCGGAUUGUCUACCUUGCCAUUGCGAUUUGCAUGGCGCCGAGGGCGUUACCUGUAAUGCCGAUGGUCAGUGCCUGUGUCAGCCAAACUUCGAUGGUCGUCAGUGUGAUUCGUGUAAAGAGGGUUUCUACAAUUUCCCCAGCUGUGAGGACUGCAACUGUGAUCCGGCCGGUGUUAUUGACAAAUUUGCUGGCUGUGGCUCGGUUCCAGUGGGUGAAUUGUGCAAGUGCAAGGAGCGUGUGACUGGACGCAUUUGUGAUGAAUGCAAACCGCAAUAUUGGAAUUUGAAUAUCAGUAAUCCGGAUGGUUGUCAAAACUGUGACUGUUGGACAGAUGGUACCAUCUCCGCGUUGGAUACAUGCGCAUCAAAAUCGGGUCAAUGUCCGUGCAAGCCGCACACUCAGGGUCGCCGUUGUAAGGAGUGCAAGGAUGGCACCUACGAUCUGGAUGGUUCAUCAUUGUUUGGUUGUAAGGAUUGCAACUGCGAUGUGGGUGGUUCAUGGAAAACCGAUUGUGACAAGAACAGCGGACAGUGCAAGUGUCAUCCCCGUGUUACGGGGCGUGCCUGUACCCAACCAUUGACCACACAUUAUUUCCCAACUCUUCAUCAAUUCCAAUACGAGUAUGAGGAUGGCUCUCAGCCAUCGGGAGCACAGAUGCGUUAUCAAUAUGACGAAUCGGAUUUCCCAGGCUUCAGUAGCAAGGGCUAUGCUGUCUUUAAUGACAUUCAGAAUGAAGUGCGCAAUGAAUUGCUGGUAUUCAAAUCAUCUGUUUAUCGCAUUGUCAUUCGCUAUGUCAAUCCCAAUGAACAGAAUGUCACUGCAAGCAUCCUGAUACAGUCGGAGAAUCCCCAAGAGGUUGAUCAAAACGUUAAGGUGUUAUUGCGUCCAACAAUUGAACCAGAGUUUGUCACUGUGGCCGGUCCCAAGGGUAGCAAACCUUCAGCCGUUGUCCUUGAUCCUGGCCGUUAUGUCUUUACCACCAAGGCCAAUAAGAAUGUUAUGUUGGAUUACUUUGUCCUUUUGCCGGCUGCCUAUUAUGAGGCAUCGAUUCUCACUCGCCACAUAGCCAAUCCUUGUGAAUUGGGCAACAUGGAAUUGUGUCGCCAUUACAAAUAUGCUUCAGUGGAUACAUUUGAGCCUGCCACCUUGCUUAACAGCGAUGACGAUGCCUUGGAAGUGUAUAGUGAUCCGGAGCAUUUUGAGAUCAUUGGCCAUGUCGGUGAAAUUCCGGUAUUGAGUAACACCCAAAAGGAAUUGAACUAUAACAUCAAUGUGCCACAUAGCGGUCGUUAUAUCUUUGUCAUCGAUUACAUUAGCGAGCGAAACUAUGCGGAUCCGUAUUUUGUCAGUUUGCGUGUUGGUCAACAGGAUGAGACUGAGACAACGGUAUUCCUAUAUCCUUGUCUAUAUUCCACAGUCUGUCGUACACCCGUCAAUGAUGAUGGACGUGAGAAGAGUUUCUACAUCAACAAGGAUGAUGCUGUGCCAGUCACCAUUUAUGCCGAUAUCGAUGAUGUCUAUCGCGUGGCUAUCAUUUCAGUUACAGCAAUUCCAGUGGAGAAAUGGUCCAUCGAUUAUAUCAAUCCCAGUCCCGUUUGUGUCAUACACAAUGGACAAUGUGCCACACCGAAAUUCCGUUCGGUUCCGGAUUCAAAGAAAAUUGAAUUUGAAACCGAUCAUGAGGAUCGCAUUGCUUUGAAUAAGCCACCAUAUGCGGCAUUCGAUGAGCGUGUUAAAUUGGUUAAUUUGGAUAGCAAAAAUGAGGGCUCCAUAGUGAUCGAAUCAAAGGUUGCCGAGCCAGGACGUUAUGUGAUUUUGGUUAAAUACUAUCAGCCCAGUCAUCCCAAAUAUCAGGUGGUUUACACUCUAACAGCUGGCAAGAAUCAAUAUGAUGGCAAAUUCGAUAUCCAACAUUGUCCAUCGAGUUCCGGUUGUCGUGGUGUUAUACGACCCAAUGGCGGCGAUUGGUGGUUCGAUAUUGAUGACGAAUUCAAAUUUACCAUUACGAACAAUUAUCCACAAAGUGUUUGGUUGGACUAUUUGGUUGUGGUCCCUGUCGAUCAAUAUAACGAUGACUUAUUGGUCGAAGAGACAUUCGAUCAGACAAAGGAGUUCAUAAAGAAUUGUGGACACGAUCAUUUCCAUAUUACCCAUAAUGCCAGUGAUUUCUGCAAGAAGGCCGUAUUCUCUCUGACUGCUGACUACAAUAGUGGUGCAUUGCCAUGUAAUUGUGACUAUGCGGGAUCGACUAGUUUUGAGUGUCAUCCAUUUGGUGGUCAGUGUCAAUGCAAGCCGAACGUGAUUGAACGUCAGUGUGGUUCGUGUAAGAGUCGUUACUAUGGCUUCCCCGAUUGCAAACGCUGCGAGUGUCCCAGCAGUGCCAUGUGUGAGCCCACCACGGGUGAAUGCAUGUGCCCACCGAAUGUGAUUGGUGAUCUGUGCGAGAAAUGUGCCCCGAAUACGUACGGUUUCCAUCAGGUGAUCGGCUGUGAGGAAUGCAAUUGCAAUUAUCUGGGCAUAACCAAUGGCAAUACCCAAUGUGACAUGUUCAAUGGAACUUGCGAGUGCCGCGAUCAUAUCGAGGGACGUGCCUGUGAUGUCUGCGCCCAUGGUUACUAUGAGUUCCCGCGUUGCGGUCAAUGCUCAUGCCAUAAGCCAGGAACUGAGUUGGAAGUUUGCGAUAAGAUCGAUGGCAGCUGUUUCUGCAAGAAAAAUGUGGUGGGCCGGGAUUGUGAUCAGUGUAUUGAUGGCACAUACAAUCUGCAGGAUAACAAUCCGGAUGGUUGCACCACAUGCUUCUGUUUUGGCAAAACAUCGAGAUGUGACAGUGCCUAUCUGAGGGUCUACAAUGUCAGUUUGCUGAAGGAGGUGUCAAUCAGUUCGGCGGAGUUCAAUAAUCAUACAAUUGAACUUGAUAUCUGGGGCAUACCGCAAUCAGAGUUGGUGAUCAAUGAGACAACCUUGCAGGCGGAUUUCUCUUUCCGUGAUAUGACCGAUCAGAGAGUGGCCUAUUUCGGUGUCUUGGACUACCUACUCAAUCAGAAUAGUCAUAUAUCUGCUUAUGGUGGAGACCUGGCCUAUAAUCUGUAUUUCACUUCAGGAUUCGAUGGUAAACCGAUUGUGGCUCCCGAUGUCAUUUUGAUGAGCAAAGAUAAUAUAUUGGUGCAUCAGAGUUAUGAGCAGCCGAGCAGCAACUUGCCCUUCCAGAAUCGCUUGCAAAUGAUUGAGACCAAUUUCGAAACAUUGGCAGGCAAAUCGGUUAGCCGAGCAGACUUUAUGAUGGCCUUGAGGGAUCUGAAAUCGAUAUUAAUACGUGCCAAUUAUUGGGAACAAACAUUGGUCACCCAGCUCUCAAAUGUGUAUUUGACCCUGGCCGAUGAGGAUGCCGAUGGCACGGGUGAAUACCAAUUCUUGGCUGUCGAAAGUUGUCGUUGUCCACCCGGUUAUGCGGGCCACUCGUGUGAGGACUGUGCGCCAGGUUAUUAUCGCGAUCCCAAUGGUCCAUAUGGCGGCUAUUGUAUUCCAUGCGAAUGUAAUGGUCAUGCCGAAACCUGUGACUGUGCCACCGGCAUCUGCAAGGAGUGUCAACAUGGCACUCGAGGAGAUCAUUGCGAGGAAUGUGUCGCCGGCUAUUAUGGUAAUGCCACAAACGGUUCACCGCAUGACUGCAUGAUCUGUGCCUGCCCCCUGCCAUUCGAUUCGAAUAACUUUGCCACCAGCUGUGAGAUCUCGGAGUCUGGCAAUGAAAUCCAUUGCGAGUGUCUGCCCGGCUAUACGGGACCACGUUGCGAAUCCUGUGCUAAUGGUUUCUAUGGCAAUCCUGAGAGCCCGGGAGAUAUUUGCAAGCCAUGCGAGUGCUCGGGCAACAUCAAUCCUCUGGAACAGGGCUCCUGUGAUACCCGCACGGGUGAGUGUCUGCGCUGUCUGAAUAAUACCUCGGGCACGGCAUGUAAUCUCUGUGCCCCUGGAUACUUUGGUGAUGCCGUCGAACUGAAGAACUGUCAGAGUUGCGAUUGCGAAGAGGUGGGCACUCUGGAGUGUGAUCCUCAUGUGGGACAAUGUACCUGUCAUGACAAUGUCAUCGGUGAGCGUUGCGAUCGCUGCAAGCCAGAUCACUAUGGCUUCUCAUCCGGUGUGGGUUGCCGUGCCUGCGAUUGUGGUGCCGCCUCCAAUUCCACACAGUGUGAUGAUCACAAUGGCAACUGUGCCUGCAAACCAGGAGUCACGGGUCGUCAAUGCGAUCGUUGUGCUGUCGAUCAUUGGAAAUAUCAUAAGGAAGGUUGCACACCGUGCAACUGCAAUCAGGGUUACUCCCGAGGAUUCGGCUGCAAUCCCCUCAAUGGACAAUGCGAGUGUCUGCCAGGAGUCAUUGGCGAUAGAUGUGAUGCUUGCCCCAAUCGUUGGGUCCUUAUCAAGGACGAGGGCUGCAUAGAGUGCAACAAUUGUCAUCAUGCUCUACUCGAUGUCACCGAUCGUAUGCGUUAUCAAAUUGAUGGCGUCCUGGAAGAUUUCCAAAGUGUCACUUUGGCUUUCUUUACCAGCCAGAAACUGAACUACUACGACUAUUUGGCCGAUGAAUUGGAACCAAAGGUCAAGGCCCUUGAUCCCACAAGUGUCAAUUUGAGUCCCUCGAAGAAGGUCAAUAGCGAACUGGAAGCAGCCACCAAAACCUAUGCCAAACAGGUCAAUCAGACCUUGAACAAUGCCCUCGAUAUACGUGAGAGAUCUAGUAUUCUCUUGGGCAAUGUCACCAAUGUCCAUGAGAAGGCUCUCGAGAGUGUUGCCAAGGCUAAGCAGGCAAUUGAUGCAGUCGAAAAUCUAUCCGAGAAUCUUGAAGCCACGGCCAGUACGAAAAUUGAUUCCGCCUUGGAAGAGGCUCAACGCGUAUUGGGACAAAUAAAUGCAACACAAAUUGAGGUGGCCCUUAAUGAGGAUGUUCUGAACAAGGCCCGUCAGCAAUUCGAGGAGGUAGACGCCUUAGUGGAACCAAUCAAGAAACAAAAUCGCAGUUUGAAUGCCCUCAAGAACGACAUUGGCGAGUUCAGUGACAAACUGGAGGAUCUCUACAAUUGGAGUGAACAAUCCCAAAAUCAAUUGGUCGAUGUGGAACGCCUUAAUGUGGCCAACAAGAAGUCAUACGACAAUUCCAAAUUCGAUACGGUAUCCGAGCAGCAACAACAGGCGGAGAAUAAUAUCAAGGAUUCGAAUAACUAUCUCAUUAAUGGUGACAUAACAUUGAAUCAGAUUAAUCAGAAACUGGAAAGUCUACGUGGAGCUCUCCAAGAGCUGAGCGGCGUCAAUAAAAAUGUCGACGAGGAUUUGCCACUGCGUGAGGGACAGCACAAGGAAGCCGAUGAAUUGGCCGAGAAGGCAAUACAGAAGGCGGCCUUCUUAACUCACAAUGCCAUGGAUUUGUCAGUGCAAUAUGAGGAUAUGACAGCUAGUGCUGACCCAGCGAUGAAGGCAGCAACUGCCUAUACCACAAUUGUGGAAGCUGUCGAUGCGGCCCAGCAAUUUAGUCAAGAUGCCAUAACAGCGGCCGGAAAUGCCACAAGUAUAACCGAUGGCAUUGAAGAGCGCGCCGGAAAUGCCGAUAAACGUUCGGCAGAUCUCUUGCAAAAGGCACGUCAAAGUCUUCAGAAGGUUCAGGACGAUCUUGAGCCACGUCUGAAUAAUUCUGCUGGCAAAGUGCAAGAGAUUUCCCAAUUGAAUGCUGCAACGGAACAGCAAUUAAAAGACAUUAACAUAUUGAUUAAACAACUGCCAGCUGAAACCCAAAGGGAUAUGUGGAAGAACUCCAAUACAAAUGCCAGCGGCGCCUUGGAAAUCCUACACAAUGUUUUGGAAAUCUUAGAACCUGUGAGCAAACAAACACCCAAAGAACUGGAGACAGCACAGGCCAUCAAUCGUGAUGUGGAUUUGACCCAGAAGGAUAUAACUCAGGCAUCAAAUCAAUUGGACAAUGUCGAUACGAAUAUACCGAAAAUGGCCCUACUAGCCGAUAACAUUGAGAUCCAGCAACAGAAUGCGGCCAAGCUUACACAACAAUUGGGACAGGAUAUUGAGAACUUGAGACGCCAGAUUGAGACAGCUCGACAGGUUGCCAACAAUAUUAAGGUCGGCGUUAAGUUUAAGCCCAGCACAGUGCUUGAAUUGAAGACACCCGAGAAGGCAAAACUGUUGGCCACCAAAACCAAAAUGUCGACAUUCUUCCGUACCAAUGAUGCCAAUGGGUUCCUUCUCUAUUUGGGCAACGAUAAUAAGACCACACAAAAGAAUAAUGACUUUGUGGCCCUGGAGAUCCUUAAUGGCUAUCCCAUAUUGACCAUCGACUUGGGUAAUGGACCGGAACGCAUCACCAGUGAUAAAUAUGUCUCCGAUGGCAAUUGGUAUCAGGCUGUCGUCGAGCGUGUGGGUUCCAAUGCCAAGCUGACAAUACGCGAAGAAUUGCCCGAUGGCAAAAUUGUUGAUCAUACGAAAUCGGGUUAUUUGGUUGGCUCUCAAAAUGUCUUGCAUGUCGAUCGUAAUAGUCGUCUGUUUGUCGGCGGCUAUCCAGGACCUUCGGACUUUACAGUGCCCGAUGACAUACGCUCGAAUUCGUUCAAUGGUGAAAUUGAAGAUCUUAAGAUUGGCGAUGAGCCUGUUGGUCUCUGGAACUUUGUCUAUGGCGAGGAGAAUAAACAGGGUGCCGAAAUGCGUUCAGUGCUGAUCGAGGACCAGUUGCCUGUUACCGGAUUACGUUUCAAUGGUAAUGGCUAUGCCCAACUGGAUGCCUCCAUGAUUAACUUCAAGAGCAGAUCGAGCGUACAAUUCAAAUUCAAGGCCCCCCAGGAUGCUGCCAAUGGCUUGCUCUUCUUCUAUGGCAGAGAUAAGAACUAUAUGUCAAUUGAGCUGGUCGAUGGCGCUGUCUUCUUCCGUUUCAAAUUGGGCAAUGAGUUGGUCUCACUGGGCUCAGAUGAUCGCUACAACGACAACCAAUGGCAUAGUGUUAUUGCCGAGCGAGAUGGUCGCGAAGGAUUGCUCAAGGUCAACGAUGUGGUGCUUUCCAAGGACAACGCUCCCGAGGGAACCGAGGAGCAUAUGCCCAAGCUGAAGUACAUGUAUUUCGGUGGCCAUCCAAAUAGGCCCAAUCAUUCGGAGACUGUGAAACAGAACUUUGACGGCUGCAUCGAUGAUGUAACCAUUUCGGGCUACAAAGUGGACUUAACCAAAAUCUUGAAUAGCUCUGGAGUCGUCGAGGGUUGCCCCGACAAAUUCUCAUUGGUCGUAUCGUUUGCUCCCAAUGAGUAUGGUUAUCUGCGCACAGCGAAUAUCACAUCCGAUAAUAGUUUCUAUGUGGUCUUGAAAUUCAAGACACGCCAACCCGAGGGUGUUCUCUUCUAUGCCACCAAUCAUGACCAGAGUUCGACCAUCGGUUUGACCCUGGACAAUGGUUAUCUAACGCUGCGCAGUCAAGGUAGUGAAUUGGUACUCAAUGAGCGACAAUUCAAUGAUGGUGAAGAUCAUGUGGUCACUGUGCUUCAUAAUGCCAAUCAAUUGAGACUUUCGGCGGAUGAUGAUCUGCUGGAGGAUGCACGGUUACCUGUUCCUCCAGCUGCAUUGAAUAUACAAGGUGGAGAUAUAUUCUUUGGUGGUCUACCCGAUAGCUAUCAGCCGCCAAAGGGAGCUCUCUCCACAUUGGCCUACUUUGUGGGUUGCAUCAGCGAUGUGAAUGUCAAUGAGGAGAUCAUUAACUUUGCCGAUAGUGCUGAAAAGAAGAAUGGCAACAUUAAUAGCUGUUCACCAGAUAUAUUAGUAUAUGAACCCGAUCAAGUGCCCAUAUUCUAUCCAAGCGGCACAAAUGAGCUGGAACCGUAUCCAAGACCUCAACCUCAACCCGUGACGCGUCCAACAACCACCAGCACUUCAACAAGCACCACCACCACCACCACAACUACAACAACCACCACCACCACACCAACACCGAGCACAACAACCACAACAAUAGCAAUACCAAAUACAUUUAUUGAAGAGGAUCCACUGCCACCACUGGGACCACCGAUUACAGAAAGAACUCUAGUGACUAAGCCACGUCCAACACCCAAAUUGAAUCUGCCAACAGAUGAUCGCUGCAAAUUGCCCACAAAUCCCAACUAUGAUGUGGACUUUGCCGAUGCUGGCUAUCGUUUCUAUUCGCUGGUGGAUCAGCGUCUCGAGAUCAAUUCAUUGCCAGUGAAAUUACGUCGUCAUUACGAUGCAAGCAUUAGCUUCCGCACAAACUAUCCGGAUGGUUUGCUCUUCUAUGCCGCCGAUGAGCAGCAUCAGAAUUUCAUAGCUGUCUAUCUGCUUGAUGGCAUUGUCUUCCAUGAGAUGCGUUUGGGCGAUUCAAUAUCAGCCAAAAUUGCCAGUGAGGUGGAAUUGAAUGAUGGCGCCUGGCACACUGUCGAGUUUGUGCGAACCAAUCGCAAGAUUAGCCUAAGCAUCGAUGGUCAGGAGCAGAAGGGUUCCGUUGAUCUCGAUGGCAACAAGGCAGUGCCCACAUUUAUUGUCAAAUAUCCCAUCUAUGUGGGUGGCAUCAACAAAUACGUGGAGCCGCAAUUAAAAUUGGCCACAUCCUUUGGUGGCAACACCUCCUACUAUAAUGGUUGCCUCAAGGACAUCAAGUUCCAUAGCAUGCCUUUGGAAACGGAGCCGAACCGUUUCAAUGUUGUUCCAUGCAGUGACCAGGUGGAGCAGGGCUUCUUCUUCCAUCGCCCCAAUUCAUAUGUGAAGCUAUGGGAUCGCUUCGCUGUGGGCUCUGAGAUCACAAUUAGCUUUGAUUUCCGGCCACGCGAACCGGAUGGUCUACUCUUCUCGGUGCACGGCAAGAAUUCGUAUUUAAUAUUGGAGCUGGUCAACAAUAGUUUGAUCUUCACCGUCAAAUCGGAUUCCAAGAACUUAUUGGUCACGAGCUACACUCUGCCCAAUGAGGGCAGCUUCUGUGAUGGCAAAUGGCGUAAUGUCCAGGCAAUUAAGUCCAAAUUCGUCAUCAAUAUUGCCGUCGACUAUAUCAGCUCCACCCCGAGUGUGGGCACCGAGGGUUCUGUUAUAACCAAAACGAAUCGACCACUCUUUAUGGGCGGUCACGGUGCCUUCCAGAAGGCACCGGGUAUCAAGACCCGUAAACCAUUCAAGGGUUGCAUCUCCAAGGUGGAGAUUAACAAGACGCACGUGAGGAUUACACCGAAUAUGGUGUACGGUGACAUCUGGCAGGGUGCCUGUCCACAAACCUAAACUCACUCGAACGACGACAACAACUGCUUAACGAUUUAAAGGACUUAUCCCACAACGAACAAACUUAAAACGAACAAAUCUAUGGAAAAUAUCGACCUGGCAUUGAUCUAAAACUGAGAGUACUACGCUUCAUUCUGCCCCCCACCAAGCACUCUCAGUGCCUAUGCCAGUCGUACAUUUAUCUACUUUAUAUAUCUAAUCAAAUUAUCUAACUACUUCCUUUGUGCCAAGCUCUUCAAGCAAUUAUCUAGUUUAGUCCACAAUUUUGCCAUAUUUUUUUCUCAAUUUAAAUAUCUCAUUGUAACUUUUUCAAUUGAAUU